AUGAGCACGGCAGGCAAAGUUAUUAAAUGCAAGGCAGCAGUGCUGUGGGAAGCCAACAAACCAUUCAGUAUUGAGGAUGUGGAAGUUGCCCCACCAAAAGAACAUGAAGUGCGUGUAAAGAUCGUGGCCACUGGCAUCUGCCGCUCUGAUGACCAUGUGAUAACUGGCGCACUGGUUAUGCCUUUUCCAAUAAUUCUUGGGCAUGAAGCAGCUGGUAUUGUGGAGAGUGUUGGGCAGGGAGUGACUGCAGUCAAGCCAGGAGACAAGGUUAUUCCACUCUUUGUUCCACAGUGUGGGGAGUGCCAGAACUGCUUAAACACCAAGAGUAAUCUGUGCCGUAAAACUGAUCUUGGUACAAGUGGCGGAUUAAUGGCUGAUGGCACCACGAGAUUCACCUGUAAAGGAAAAGCAAUUCACCAUUUUCUUGGUACAAGUACUUUCACUGAAUACACAGUACUGCAUGAAUCUGCUGUGGCCAAAAUUGAUUCCUCUGCUCCUCUGGAAAAAGUUUGUCUAAUUGGCUGUGGAUUUUCAACUGGUUACGGGGCUGCUCUGCAGACUGCCAAGGUGGAACCAGGCUCCACCUGUGCCGUUUUUGGCCUCGGAGGAGUUGGCCUCUCCGUUAUCAUGGGCUGCAAGGUGGCCGGGGCUUCCCGCAUCAUUGCCGUGGACAUCAACAGUGACAAGUUUGCCAAGGCCAAGGAGCUGGGAGCCACUGACUGCAUCAACCCCAAAGAUUUCAAUAAGCCCAUCCAUGAAGUGUUGACGGAAAUGACCAGCGGGGGUGUGGACUACUCCUUCGAGGUCAUUGGCCGUACGGAUACCAUGGCUGCAGCCUUGGCCUGUUGUCAGUAUAACUACGGAGUCAGUGUGAUUGUGGGAGUGCCCCCUGCAGCACAAAAGAUCACCUUUGAUCCCAUGCUCCUCUUCUCUGGCCGCAGCUGGAAAGGCUCUGUCUUUGGAGGCUGGAAGAGUAAAGAUGCAGUUCCCAAACUGGUUGCUGACUACAUGAAGAAAAAAUUUGUUCUGGAUCCACUAAUAACCCACACACUACCUUUCACAAAGAUCAAUGAAGGAUUUGAUCUUUUAAGGACAGGGAAGAGCAUCCGCAGUGUCCUGACAUUUUAGGAUUCCCAGACAUUAAGCAGCGGAUGGCUCAGCACCAGUAUGAACUUCACCGUCCUCCAAUUCAACUUACAUGAAAUGCAGACCAAGGCUUUCCUGAAGGAUCUACCACUGCCCUUGAAUAAAAGAAUCAAGCUCAAACCCCACAUUUCAAGAACAGAAUUUAUAAAUGAAACCAUCUUUUUCCUACUACCUCCCUCUCCUCAUUCCUGUUUUAUAUUCUUUAUAUUGUGCUGCAAUUUUAAUAGCCAGUUAUGAAUUACAGGACUUGCUCCUGUCACAGAUGUU